UGGGAAAAAAUGUUUCCUGUAAAGCUAUUCAAUAUUGGUAACUUUAAAGGAUAAAGAGAUAAAUAUAGGCUCUACUGAAAUCUAGCCCAAUUUUAUUGCAGUUUCAAAAUGGCUGAUAAUGAACUUUUCCCGCAUGCAUUUGUCUACAUAAGCGGAAAUAACAAAUUAUUACAAGCAGAUUUACCCCACAAACUGUCCAGUAAUCAUAGUCGACAUUAAAGCUUGGCUCAUCUCUUUUGUCAAACAGAGGUGGAGUCUUCUGGAUAUUUAAAUGGGUUGAGUGCAUGUUACAACUCAUAAUCAAUUCAACCCUUUAGUGGCGAAGACUAAGGUGACUAGAAGAACUGCUCCAAGGAUUGCACAAGUGUAUUGCAUUUUUUUCCUGACUGGGAGAGUCACAGGAGAAAAGGUGAGUGUUGGCCAUGGAUGCUGUCUGGCUGCGCUGCUUGAUCCUGACCGUAAUACCAAUAUGGAUGGGUUCGUGUGUCACACAACUAAAGCAAACAAGAUGGCCUUUAUAUUCCCAGACACCAGUCCUCCUGGUUUGGAAUGCCCCCACGCAGGACUGUGCCCCAAGGCACGGGGUCACUUUACCCUUGGACCAGUUUGAUAUCGUGGCUUCGCCUAAUGAGGGCUUUGUCCGACAAAACUUGACCAUAUUCUACAAGGAGCGCCUUGGCCUCUACCCUUAUUACAAGCGAGAUGGCAUUGCGGUAAAUGGAGGCCUUCCACAGCUUGCCAGCCUCGCUGAACACUAUGAGAAAAUGCCAGAAGGCGUACAGAAAUACAUCCGGGAGCCAGCGGCCAAAGGUUUGGCUGUUAUUGACUGGGAAGAAUGGCGCCCGCUGUGGAUCAGGAACUGGGAUUCCAAAGACAUCUAUCGAAGAAAAUCCAAAGAGAUGGUUCUCAAAAAGAACCCAACAUGGAGCCAAGACCAAGCUGCAAAAGUGGCCCAGCAGGAGUUUGAGCUCUCUGCACGUAAAUUUAUGCUGGAGACACUGAAACUUGCAAAAAGUUUGAGGCCCAAUCAACUAUGGGGCUUUUACUUGUUUCCAGAUUGUUACAACCAUGACUACAGAAACGGCCUGAAGAACUACACAGGUCGCUGUCCCACGCUGGAGGUGUACCGUAACGACCAGCUUAAUUGGCUGUGGAUGGAGUGCACUGCACUUUUCCCCUCCAUAUACAUGGGAUCUGUGCUGCGCUCCACACAUUAUGGCCGCCUCUUCGUGCGCAACAGGGUAAAGGAGGCCAUGCGCCUGGCAUCUGUUGGGAAUGGAUCAGCUCGGCCAGUUUUCGUCUACACUCAACCUACGUACAUCAAUGAGAUGGAACUGGAACGACUCACUGAGAUGGAUCUGGUGUCCACCAUUGGUGAGAGUGUAGCACUGGGAGUGGCAGGAGUCAUCUUCUGGGGGGACUCUUCCUACUCGAGUGACAGCAGCUGUUUGGCCCUGAAAGACUAUCUCAGUGGAACACUGGGCCGCUACCUGCUCAACGUGUCCACAGCGGCAGAGGAGUGCAGUCGGGCGCGGUGCAACCUGCACGGCCGCUGCCUGCGCAGUCAGCCGGACAGCAACACAUACUUGCAUCUCAGCGCGUCCACACACAGCAUCAGCAGGCAGGACGGCCGCCUGAAAGUGCGCGGCAAGCCUGGCGAACCCGAGCUGACUCUUUUCCGUCAACACUUUCAGUGCCAGUGCUACACUGGCUACCAAGGGGAGGCUUGCGCUCUUAGAGCUCAUGGGCAUGGUAUAGCCCAUUCUGCUUUCGCAUCAUGGCUACUUAGCCUCUUACUUCCACUGGGAUUCCUCAUUCUGCUGCAGUAACGAUAUGAAGCAACCUUAGAUUUAGUUCUUCAAAUGAAUGCUCAACAAUAAUAGUUCAGAAUCAUCUGUUGCUCACAUCUCAAGAGUUGUCAGAUUUUCCCAAACAUGGUCUUUAUUUUCAUUCACCCCUCCAGCAUCCGCCUGUCAGUUGUGCGAGUGUGAGUUUAGGCAUCACGAAAAACUUUCAAUUUGCGGACAGUAUUCAGCACUCUUUAGUUUGGCAACUGCUGUAAAUUGCUCAAAUUCCAUACGUUCAUCUCAGGCCAAAUGCUCCAUACUGUCCUUGACCUCCAAAUGAACCUAAAGUACAUGCAUGCUUGACCACAGUGUGUUUGUUAGACUUGUUCUUUUGAGGUUUUCUUCCUUCAUACUGAGAACAUUUUUUUCAAGUUUUAUUCCUGUUCAUACAUCUAUUUCUCAAUCACUUUAUAUAGAUUCCAAACAUUUCAUCAUUCUACAAGGUGCUAAACUAUUACAAAUGAUACAUUUUUUACAGUAUUAUAUAUAUUAGUGUUAUACUUUUAAAAAUUAUUUAAUUGUACAUAAACAGAUCUGCAUUUUCACUUUUGUACGGACCACCGACCAAAAGUUUGGGGUCUCCCAGACGUCUUUUAUUUAUCAAAUGAGUUGCAAGAUAAAUGGAAAAUGCAAUCAAGACAUUGACAAUGCUAGAAAGUAUUUUUAUUUUAAAUAACAAUCAACGCAUCUCAACUCCAUUGAUGUGUUGUCACAGCAGCUUGACCGUAUAGCAAGCAAAAAAUUUCCAGUUUAUGGAUAGGGUAGAAGCUUCUGGAAGCCUGGGGUGAAAUUUUUCCAGAUUUCCUCAACAAAUGCACAGCUAGAAUGCCAAUAGUCUACAAUGCUGUAAUUGCUGCAAAUAUAGCAUUCUAAGCCGAAAGCAAAACCCUUGUCAGUGUCUUGACAAUAUUCUCUAUUCAUUUUGUUUCCUGAGUUUCCAUGGAAAGCAAAAGAUUGUCCAGUUGACGGACCCCAAAGUUUUGACUGGUAGUGGCAAACCCCCUUUGCUCACUUAUUUUCCUGCCACAGCCAACAUUUCUGAGAAUUAUUAUUAUAUUUUUUUUUUAACUGCAGUACGUAGCUUCCUGUGCUCCUAUAAACUGGAAUUCUGGAUUACAACCAGCUGUCACUUAGAAAAAAUGAUUUAAAUUAUUCCUAUACCCAAUUUAUCCACCCAGAGACUUUAGGUUGUUUUUCUCGAUUUUGAGGGACAGCUUGUUUUGAAAAAGAUUGAUAAAGCUGGGACAAGUUGAAAUAGUGUGUGAAUAUUUUAUUCUACUAAAAUGCAAAAAGUUGCCUUUCACAAACGGAGGACAAAGGGAUGCACAUGGCCUGUUCCUGAGUAAAUGGGUCAUUUGUUGACCGUCAUUUUCUGUGCUCCAGUCGGGAAUGUCGCCGGUCGACACAAUAUGUUGGCGAUUAAAUUCGCAAAGAUACAGCAAGAUUUUAGAAGAGCUGCUUGAGUACUGUUACGUAGUCCUCUGGUGAUUGUCAUGGCUUGAGAUUUUUUAUUUUUUAACUUAUAACAUGCACAAAAUGCAGCUUUAAAUAUAGCUUGAUCAUGACAUGGGUUUAAAACAUAUGUGCUUUUGAUCAUUAAUAAUUCCAAACAAUUUGGCUCUCCCCGAACUGUUAUGACUGAGAAGUGAGUUUGUAGUAAAGAGUUUCAUGUUUUUUUUUUUGUUUUUUUUUUUUAUUGCAGUAUUAUUCGAAACCCAUUUGUGCAUAGUGUCUUGUCAGAGUUCAUAUGCCUUUGAGUUUUUUAUGGGUAAAAUAUUUGGACGUGGUGAGGAAAUGUAGAAUCCAUGAAGCCUAUUGAUGAUUUAUAUUGGUAUAGCCUUUAAUGUAAAGCCAUGAUAAUUUAGAUUCCAGUCUUGCAACCUCAAGUCUUGCUUUAAAAAAAAAAAAAAAAAAAAAAAGAUUAGAAUCUCGUUGAAAACCCUGUUAUUAACUAAAUUCAGUACAGAUAUAAUUUGGGCUCAAGUCCAUGUUUCCUGUCUGAGUUCUUGCUAAUACAAAUGUGAUGACAGCGACUACUGAAGCUUCAUCAUCAUACUAUAUUCAGUACUUUUAUUUAGUAGCUGGAGCUAGCUGGACCAUUUAUAAAUUCUGUAGAGUUCUGUAUUCUCAAUGCCAAUGGGCAAAAGUGUGUUAGUCUCUUAAAUUUGUUUGGGUAAAAGAAAUACUGUAUACAUGUAAUUUUGCAACAAUGUUUACAAUGCCACAAACAUGAUGUAAUUCUGCACUUUUAACACGUUUUGUAUUGAGAAAGAGGCUGCUACGUACAAUGUGUAACGUGCAUUGUAAUGUUUUUCAUUUGGUAAUGACUUUGUUUUGAGGGGUGUUUGCAACAGUAAUUGUACUUAGAAAACUGAUUUUCCAGUUCGAUGCCAAACCAGCAAAAGUUUUGAUUAUAUGUUUUAAUUCAGUAUCUUUAAUUUUCUCAUAUCAUCAGGUACUUUUUUAAAAUAAACAUUAAAACGCAUU